AUGUUUGUCCAAGCAGUCCUCACUCUCGGCCUUGCAGCCCUGUCCACAGCUGCUCCUCUAAGCCCUCGCCAAUCUUGUGCAUCUGGUUUCUAUAUCAUCGUUGCUCGUGGAUCCAAUGAAGCCCCCGGUGAAGGCAAGCCAGGUCAAGUCGCAGAUCUGAUUGAGCAGAUGGUCCCAGGGUCGACCAGCGUUGCAGUGGAUUACCCAGCCACUAUCAUCGACGACGACGGUAGCUAUCCAGCAUCUGUCACAGAUGGCAUCAACGACACCGAGAACAAGAUCAAAAAUUACGUUGCGGCUUGUGGAUCUGACAGCCGCAUUGUCCUCGUAGGCUACUCCCAGGGUGGAAAUGUCAUGACGGAUGUUUUGGCUGGUGGAGUCGACAAGCCUGAUCCUAUCGGCGAGGAAUACAGGCAAAACAUCGCCGCCACUGUCGUCUUCGGUGACCCGUCUUUCACUGCCUCCCAGUCCUUCGAUCGUGGCACUUCUACCAAGGACGGCAUAUUCGCGCGCAGCGAGGGCGGCGACAGCUUGGCACUGCUUAAUACCUACGCGAGCGUACUCAGAAGCUACUGCGAUGAGCACGAUACCUUCUGUGCUAGCGGCGACAGCCUCGAUGUGCACUAUGCUGAGGUUAGCAACCAUGCGCAGGAAGCAGCUAACUUUGUCGCGAGCCUGGCUUAG